GCGGUGUGUAGCCCCCUCCUCAUCAGCACAGACACACAGAUAAAGCAGAACCUGCUGCUCCAUCCACCCACACAGACAGACUGAUACUUUCUCGUUCAGCUCUCGUGUCCAUACACUGCAUCGCGUGCAGAAACAUGUCUGACAAGCCCAACAUGACAGAAAUCACAUCCUUUGACAAAACCAAGCUCAGGAAGACAGAGACCCAAGAAAAAAAUCCCUUGCCAACCAAAGAAACUAUUGAACAGGAGAGGCAGGGAGAGUCCACGCCUUGAACGCAACGCAGUCACACACCAGAAGGGGAUGACUGAGAUCAACAAGAGAAGGACUUGGGGGGAAUUGAACCAGUAACUGAUGUGUUAUUUGUUUCAUAGUUUUGUUUGUUAGAGAACUAAAUAAAAAUAAAAGUACGAAAUUUCUACGAAUGCAUUUUA